AGAGAUUCUGUCUGUGUGUGUGUGUCUGUGUGUGUGUGUGUGUGUACGAGAGAGUGUGUGUGUUUACACAGACGGGAAUACCGCGCCAAAGGAAGUGCGCCGGUUCUCCGUCUGCGCGUCCCGACUUCCUGCUCUGAAGGCAGGACAGAGAGAGAGAGAGAGAGAGAGAGAGAGAGAGAGAGAGAGAAGCUGCGGAUCCGCUUUCAGACAGCAUCAGCAUGGAGCCCCGACACAACACACACACACCGCUAUAAGACACUAAACACACACACACUCACUCACGGGCAGACGGACAGAGGAGCAGCGGCCGUCCCGUCCACAGCAGGAUCGCCCGUGUCUCUGGUGUCGUCCCGUCAUGGAGAGCUCCAUCACACUCUGGCAGUUCCUGCUGCAGCUGCUGCUCGACCAAAGCCACAAACAUCUCAUCUGCUGGACGUCCAACGACGGCGAGUUCAAGCUGCUCAAGUCAGAAGACGUGGCCAAGCUGUGGGGGCUACGCAAGAACAAGACCAACAUGAACUACGACAAGCUGAGCAGAGCCCUGCGCUACUACUACGACAAAAACAUCAUCAAGAAGGUGAUCGGCCAGAAGUUCGUCUACAAGUUCGUGUCGUUCCCUGAGAUUCUGAAGAUGGACCCCGCGGUGGUGGAGUCGGGCCGCAUCAGUGAGGAAAGCGGGGGUGCGAUGUCAGAACCCGAAGCCGAAGACGAGGAUGGGGGUGGGAGAAACCAAUACCUCCACUCCGGCCUGUACUCCUCCUUCACCGUCGGCUCCCUGCAGCACUCCUUAGAACAGCACCGGCCGAUCAAGACGGAGCCCAGAUCCGAUCUCCACGGCGACAGCUCCUCCGUCAUCCGAUUCGUAAACAACCGCGGCCACUCCUCCCUGCCCUCCACCCCGCCCCCGUCCUCGACCGAGACCUCCAGGCCGUCCCCUCGGCAGGCCCGCUCUUCCUCCUGCUCCUCCUCCCCGCCACAAAGCCCCGCCCACACACUGUGGAGGGGGCGGGGCCCGAGCUCAGAGACUAAUGAGUUAGAGCAGAGCGCUCAACCUUUAAACCUGUCGUCCGGUCAGAGGGAGAGGGAGAGGUCACAGGCGGUGCCGGAGAGCAGGAGAUUGGCGAAUAGCGGGCCUUUGAAAAGCAGAAAACCCAAAGGCUUGGAAAUCUCCGCCUCCUCUCUCCUCUUGACAGGAAGUGACCUCGUCUCCAUUGCUCUCAACAGCCCGGCGCUGCCUUCAGGCUCCCUGACCCCUGCCUUCCUCACCACACAGACUCCGUCUGGUCUGCUGCUCACUCCCAGUCCUCUACUCUCCAAUAUCCACUUCUGGUCCGGCCUGAGUCCGGUGGGACCCCUCAGCCCGGCACAGCUGCAGAGCCAUUCCCCCCUCUUUCAGUUCCCCACUCUGCUGAACGGACACAUCCCCAUGUCCUUAUCCGGCGUGGACGCUCCCUCUCCUCUGCUGCUCUCCUACAACAAGUCAUGAUUGCCAGCCCCGAGCUCCGAGAGCUAACUGCAUGGCCAAAGCGGGCCGAGCUGGGCCAGAUCAGGACCGAGCCAAUCAGCUUUAAAACUCUGACGACGAACCACGCAGGAGUCGGGACUUCCUUCUGAGUCUAAUUACACUUUUUGAUCUGAAACCUGUUCCUUUGCAUUUAUUAUUAUAUGAAGAAACAGGAGCUUCACUCUGAAGCUUUGCUCUCUGAGAAGAGUAUUUGCAUUAUUAGACAUUUCUUUGUGUGUUUAUUACAGUUCAACUGUUCAUGUUUUUGACAUGUGUUUUCUUUUCAUGCAAAGAAAUUGACUCUGAUUGAGGUCAGACCUCACCUCUCAUUACUCAUCUCAUUUUAUAUCUCAUCUCAUUCCACUUGGUUUAAACUUCAGUGAUACAGACAGACUGGUUGCAAUUUAAUGAAUGUUAUUCCUAUUUUUUUCCCUGCCCUGACUAAUGUCACCCAAACAAUGGAGAUCUGGGGAGAUUCGAGAGUGGUAUCAAUCUUCUCAUCUUACUCUCAAUAAGAUAGCUUACUGUAUAUCCCAACAUUUUCGAAUUGUUCCUUUAAAUUUGAUCAUAACUCAAUGAUUAAAUGCUUCACAGGCCAGAAACCUACCAUGACAGAUAGCAAGUAGUGGGUGAAUGUAUAUUUUCCCUGUGCUAAGCCUUUAAAAGGAGCUCUAUACAAUAUCCAAAGCAUUAAUAUAGCAGCAAACAACUACGUAAAGAUAUAGAGGAGUAAUGUCUACCUGAGCAGAGAAUGAAGUCGCUCUCCCUGUGUGUGUUGUAAUCAGAGCUUC